UGUAUCUAGGCCACACAAAGCAGGCUGUGGGUUCAUUGUUGCGCCUACCAGCAGGUCUGUCUCUGCCCCAGGGACGAGGCCUCUCCACACAUCUCCAGACUGUUCACCAUGCAUCUUACUCAGCUCAACCGUGAGUGUCUUCUCCACCUUUUCUCCUUCCUGGACAAGGACAGCCGCAGAAGUUUGUCUCUUACCUGUCGUCAGCUCCGGGAGGUCUACCUUGACCCCUGUCUGUGGAACCUACUCCACUUUAGCUCCCCUUGUCAGCUCAGAUGGGACAACUAUGUGCUUGGACCCUCAUUGCGUUACUUAACUAUAUGCUGGUAUUCCAGCAGAGUCCAACUUGUGUGCAACAUUGAGGACUGGUUGAAGAGUUCAUUCCAGAAGGAUAUCUGCAGCAAACAUGAGAGCCUGGUCAGCACUUUCCUGGCCCAUGUGUGCCACAUGUGUCCAAACCUUCUUGCCCUGACACUGUCCGGCUGUGCGCACAUCACCGACCAGGACGUGGUCUCAGUGCUGCAGUGCUGCAAGAAGCUGCGCAUCCUCCGCCUGGAAAACUGCGUCCGCAUCACAGACCGCAGCCUGCAGGCUGUGGCAGAGCAUGGGGACAGCCUGGAGGAGGUAAGAGUGGAUUUCUGCAGAAACAUCACUCAGGCGGGGCUGCAGAGCUGUAAGGAGAUGAGACCAGGCAUCCAGCUGAGUGCGGAGAGGAGUGCUGAUAUGAUUCCUGAUAGCAAGCCUGAGGAGAAGGAGCCACUGCAAAAAGCUUUACAGAAAUUCCUCCUGUACUCCUGAAGAAUGCUCUGACACCUUUAUAUGAGGACUUUGCACUGAUAAAUUUUCCCCCUUUUUGGAAUUUUUUUGUAAAUUAUUCUU